AGUGGGUUGACCUUUUAAGGAGGAAUUACCCAGGCUGCUUUUGUUGAUUGUGUUUGGGUUUUAAGUGUAAAUUGAACGGUUGGUUGGUUGCGAACGGAAGAGCAGUGUGAGCACAGCGGAGGAACCGCAGUCUGGGAGGAAUCGAGACUCAAGAAAUAUUAUUUUUAACUCCCCCUAGCAAAAGUGAAUCAGCAACAGCUGUAUCGGCUGUAAAUCCCACUCCAAAAGGGAAAAGAAAUCCGUUUCGUAAACUAACGCAGUGUCGAGUGGAGGGUGCUAAUACAAGUACCUUAAUUCCAUAGUUCAUUGUUGGCUCGUUGUUCCUCUUUUUACGUGCCUGGUAUUCCUCUGUUCCCCUGUCGACGUGGUGCGUUGCCGUGUGACCUUGUGAUCGUGCGAGCAGCUAUCCAAACCGGAACAGCCUUCGAAGGGGCCUUCGUCGGUGGCAUUGAUGGACGAUAUAAAAGAGAACCUUAUUCCCAAUCUGCACUUUGCCGAGAACGACGAGGAAGAGUUGAUCGAGGAGAUCGGUCUAACGAAGCGGCCUACAAUACCUUCGCUGCGACAGCGCAAAUCUCAGCUAGACAUGUUGGAGCAGAUGGAGCAGACGGGCGAGCAGGAGAAGCUGAACGAGUUACGCCAACGCCGUGCGACUGGAAAAAGCGUUCGAUUGGCUAGCUCCAAAACGAAGACAGCGGUAGCCACUGGCCAAAAGGAGGAACCAUUCGGCGAGAGUCUCAUGGUGAUGGAGUUUGACGAGAAUGCUCCGACGGAAGCGAUCCAGUGGAUUGUGGACAAAAUUCGAGGUCGACGAGUGGACGGUGGAAUGGAGUUGAUGGUACGCAAAGAGCCACUCAACAGAGACAGUCAGACGAUCAUCUUCCACAUCUCGGCGACACACAUGAAGCUGCUGGAGAUUGCCGACGAUAUGGGGUUCAUGAAGCGCACCAAAACCGGCAUCAUACGUAACUUCAACGUGGCCUGUUUGGACGAGUUCUUCUACGAUGCUGGCAUGACACUGGAGGAUAUCCUGACGCCGGCCGACCGGCAGAUCAUUAUAAAGCACGCACUCGAAUCGAUCCGUGCGGAAGAUGACGAACAUCGGAUACCGGGUACCAAGAUCAUUCUCUACCAUGGACAAUCGAUCAUCCAGGCGGCCCAGAGCGCAGAACUGAUCGCUUCGCUCUACUCGCUGCAUGAUAAACGGCGACUGAAGGAGCUGCGCCACCGUUGGACGAAACCGGCAGCACCGCAACCGAUCGACGAGAUUCGGGACUAUUUUGGCGAAAGUGUUGGCAUGUAUUUCUCCUUCCUCGGUUUCUACACCUGCGCACUGGUGGUACCGACCGUAUUCGGUUUUCUACAGCUCGGCCUUUCGGAGGAAACGGAAACGGUUCCUUUCUUCUGCGUCUUCUACGUCGUCUGGAUGAAGGUGUUCCUGGAGCUGUGGAAACGUAAAAGCUCUUCGCACGCCUAUCGCUGGGGUACGAUCACGAUGACGAAUCUCGAUGAGCCACGUGUUGGUUACUACGGCAAGCUGGCACGGGAUCCGAUCACGGGCAAGUGGACGCCACACUAUCCGAAAUGGAAAACCUACGUCCAGAUGUACUGCGUCACGGCACCGAUCAUUGGACUGUGUAUAGCGAUCGCUGGUUUUGUAACGAUCUUUCAGUUCUACGUUGAGGCCUAUCUGGCCGAGCAGUUUGGUCCGGAUGCUUACAUUCUCUAUCUGCCGUCCGUUGUGAACGCCAUCUACAUUGCCCUUUCGACGCUAGCCUACGAUCGAUUGGCGACGCUGUUGACCGAUCGAGAAAAUCAUCGCACGCAGAGCCAGUACGAGCGGCACCGGGUCAACAAGCUGAUCGUGCUCGAGUUUGUGAACAAUUUCCUGUGCCUCUUCUACAUCGCCUUCGUGCUGCAGGACAUGAAGAUGCUGAAGACGCAGCUCAUGAUGCAGUUGAUCGUGCUGCAGUUCCUGCAAAACGUGUACGAAAACCUUUAUCCGUAUCUCAAGAAGAAGGUUGGACUAAAGAUCGUCCGACUGUUCGUCACCUCGAAGUAUGACAAACUUAAAGAGGCGCACGACGCUUACGAUGAGAUGGGUUUACAAUCGCUGGAUGAAGAUGAUCCUCGCGUACUGCAAACGCGAAAGGAAACAAUACUUGAGGAGUACAAUACUUAUGACGAUUAUCUGGAGCUGUACAUUCAGUUCGGUUACGUCGUUCUGUUUUCCUCCGUUGCUCCGCUGACUGCCUUCUGGGCGAUUUUGAAUAAUGUCAUCGAAAUACGACUCGAUGCGUACAAGCUUUGUAGCUUCUUUAAGCGGCCUUUCGCCCGUCGGACGAAGAACAUCGGUGCAUGGCAACUUGCCUUCGAGACGCUCGCCGUGAUUUCGAUCCUGACCAACUGUGGCAUUCUGUAUCUUUCACCUCAAAUGAGAGAACUCGGUGCGGGUUUCAGCCGGGAAGCAUAUACACUGAGCUUCCUCAUCAUUGAGCACGUACUGCUCGGUAUGACGUGGUUCAUCUACAAGGCCAUACCGGAUACACCGCACUGGGUGCGAGUGGCGCUAGCAAAGGCGGAACACGAUUCUCGCCAAGCCCUGAAACGAGAGGAAUAGUAAACGAUUACACUACGCCACGGCAACGCAGCGAAUACACAUUCACUCCCCGCCCUCCAACAACCAUCAGUUACCCUACACGAGCUCGUCUAGUGAACCAGUUACCCUACACGAGCUCGUCUAGUGAACUAAAUGCCAACAGAUAAUAGAUUUUAGCUUUGUUAAUACCGUUUUAACGCAAUCAAAAAGUACUAAUACACAACAACAGCCAUAACAGUCACCAGCACAACUUCAUAAUCGACUGUGAACCUCAACAAAACGAUGCCACAUCGUGCCUUGCGCGGAACUGCCAAAGUACUUAGUUCUCGCAUCAUAUUGUGUAGAGACAAACUAUAAUCUCAUUUUGAGCGAUUUUGAAAAAGAGCUUCCAUGCGUUCCUUAUCUAAAAAGAGUUGCCAUCCGCUAAACAUGUUUAUAAAACGCCGAAACCGCUCCAAGAUUAGUAACAUGCGCUGGCUGUGAGACUGAAACUAACAGAUGCGUAGGUUUUGCACGAAAUUUCUAGUAUUCGAUUCGUUUGAUCGUUCCAAAAUCAAUCAAUUCAAACACUAUUUCGGUUACUUACAGAAUGCUCAGCGAUCUCGUAACCUUCUGUUCCGUCGGUUUCGAAGCGUUUAUGAUACGCACUCAAUGCUCAACUGAACACGCAUGUUCGUGGUGAUGCUCGUUUCAUGUUGCUUUCGUACGACUGAAGUAAUGGUAUAUGUGCUAAAACAAAUUCCUUACAGUGAGAGAAAGCAAAGGGAAUAAAAUGUUAUUAAUUA